AUGGCGGUGGGAGAAAAUAUAUCAGCUAUACUCCAAAGGAAACUCCCACCAAAGUGUGGGGAUCUAGGUAUAUUCACAAUUCCCUGUAAAAUAGGAGGUAUCCCAAUUAGAAAAGCGAUGUUGGAUUUAGGAGCGUCAAUAAAUGUAAUAUUUAAGACUAUUUAUGCGUCUCUUAAUUUUGAGUCAUUAAAAGGUACAGGCAUUAUAAUCCAAUUAGCAGACCGUACCAAUGCCUAUUCAAAGGGGUUAGUUGAGGAUGUCUUGGUACAGGUCAAUGAGUUAGUUUUCCUAGCAGAUUUUUAUGUCCUAGAUAUGGGGGAUGAAAGGUCAUUAAAUUCGUCGUCGAUUUUGUUAGGUAGACCUUUUUUAAACACUACUAGGACAAAAAUAGAUGUGAAUGAGGGUGCUUUGUUAAUGGAAUUUGAUGAUAAAAUUGUAAAUUUUAAUGUUUUUGAUGCGAUGAAAUACCCUGAGAAAUCUAACUCUGUUUUUGUUUUGAGUGUUAUUGAGUCUCUUGUACAGGAAACAUUUGAAUUGGAUGGGGAGAACGCAUUGGAAGUGGCUUUGGUAAAGCACAUUGAGUUGGGGGCAACUCUCAGUAUGGAAAUAAGUGAUGAACUGUAUCGUGGGGUUGAAGCACUACACUCACUUCCAUUAAUUUCCUCAAGGUAUGAGAUCUCUUCUGUAUUUGUACCUGAAAUUCAGACGAAAUUGUUGCCUUCCAUUGUGCAGGUAUCUGAGUUGGAGUUUAAACCCCUCCCAAAGCACUUAAAAUAUGCAUUUCUUGAGGACAAGGAGACACUACCGGUGAUAAUAUCUGCACACCUGUCACCGAGCCAAGAAGGCAGCCUGGUUCGUUUUCUUCGAGAUUCUAAAGAGGCGAUUGGGUGGUACAUUGCAGACAUCAAAGAAAUCAACCCGUCAUUAUGUAUGCACCGGAUACGGCUUGAAGAUAAUGUAAAAUCGGUAAGACAGGAGCAGCAGAGAUUGAACCCACUAAUGAUGGAAGUGGCAAAGAAGGAGAUACUUAAACUUCUAGAAAUGGGAAUCAUCUUCGCCAUCUCGGACAGUUCAUGGGUGAGCCCAAUUCAAGUGGUCUCGAAAAAAGUGGGAGUAACGGUGGAAGAGAAUCAGGAAGGGUUCUACAGGAUAUUUAUCAAAGAUUUCUCCAAAAUUGGAGCGCCCCUGUUCAAACUGUUACAAAAGAAUGUAACAUUUGAUUUCAUCGAGGAGUGCAGGAUGGCAUUUGACAAAUUGAAGGAAUCGUUAACCUCACCGCCCGUCAUCCAACUGCUGGACUGGAGUCUCCCAUUUGAAAUAAUGUAUGACGCGGGUGACUAUGCAGUGGGAACGGUGUUGGGACAAAGGAUUGGUGCAAAAAUAACAGUUUUCUCUGACUAUAUAGUCUUAAGGUAUUUGAUGACAAAGAAGGACGCGAAACCAAGGCUCAUCAGAUGGAUUCUGCUCCUUCAAGAGUUCAACUUAGAGAUUAAAGAUAAAAGUGAUACAGAGAAUUUGAUUGCUGAUCACUUGAGCCGCUUGCUUACACAUAAGGAGAAGCAACUAUUGAGAGAGACAUUUCCAGAAGAGCAACUACUUGCUUUUGAUUCGCCUGCACCUUGGUAUGCCGACAUCACAAAUGGUCAAACCGAAGUGUCAAAUAGGGAGAUUAAAUCAAUUUUGGAGAAGAUGGUACGCCCGGACAGGAAGGAUUGGAGCUUGAAGUUAGAAGAUGCACUGUGGGAGUACCACAUCACGUACAAGACGCCGAUUGAGAUGUCUCCGUACAGACUUAUCUUCGAUAAGGCUUGUCAUCUUCUCGUGGAAUUCGAACACAAGGCGUUCUGGGCAGUGAAGCAGUAUAACAUGGACCUGGAAGAAGCGGGGGUUUAA